GCGCGCCGAGCAGCUUAUGCGCUGGGUCUCCAUGGCGACCGGACGCGGCCGGCUACUGCAGCCGCCCUGGCGCGGCCUCAUGGCGCGGUUCCCGCUGCCCGGCGGCGACGGCUUGGCCCGCGGGAGAGCGGGGAAGGCAGCCGGGGGCGCGGGGUUCAGAUCCGGGCGAGGUGUCAGGCUGGCCGCGGGCUGUGCUGCUCUGAGUCACUGUGGCCGCCUGGAUGAGCUCUGCGGGAAAUCCUGCACCGGCUGCUCUGUGUCUCUGGACGGUUUGCCUUCAGAAAUCCUGCUGAAGAUCUUGUCCUACUUGGAUGCGGUGGCCCUGCUCUGCGCCGGAUGUGUGAACAGGCGCUUUUAUCACCUGGCCAAUGACAAUUUUAUUUGGAUCAGAAUCUACUCAACUGCCUUUUCACCUAAAAGAUCUAAUUGGAAAGUUAAUUCAGUAGAGAAGACAGCCGUGUCUAUGAACUCACUGUCAGUUGGGGAUAAAGAAGCUGGAUAUUGGAAGAAAGAAUAUAUUACAAAACAAAUAGCGUCUGUAAAAGCAGCUCUAGCUCGGGUUCUCAAACCUCUCCACCCUUACACAGGCCUCCCAGUUAAGACCAAAGAGGCCCUCAGAAUAUCUGGUUUAGGUUGGGUAAUAAUAUUGAAAGAAAAUAGUGGAAAAGAACACAUCCUGGAACACGUUGAUCUUUCCAUCAACGAUUCAUCAGUCACGGCUGUGUGGUACGGCAAAGACUGGCCACGUCUUGUCACACUGUCAACCUUAGAUUUGUGUGGGGUGACGCCAGUGUUUAUGAACCGGUCUCAAACCCCCAUCAAAAACGGACCCCGAUGGCGUUCUUUAAUUGCAAAGUACAACCUGAGUCACUUAACCGAGUCCACCGUGCUUGGCUGUGACAGGCUGAUCCGGAUCUUCUGCCUGCACCCAGGCCUCGUGGUGGGGCUCUGGAAGAGGGAAGAAGAACUGGCUUUUGUUAUGGCAAAUCUUCAUUUCCAUCACCUUGUGGAGCGGAGCACUUUAGGCUCGGCUGCUAUCCCCUACGAGCUGCCUCCUCAUACCCCCCUUUUGGAUGACAGCCCAGAGCGUGGACUGAGUGACUACCAACUCCAUGUUGAUAUGCACAGCGGGGGAGUUUUCUGCCUGUGUGGCACGUUUCGCAACCUCUCCACCAGCAAAGGAUACAUUGAAAAUGAAUAUAUGAAGCUCAGUGUGAUAAGUUUUAAAAAUAGCACAGAACACCUACCUCUUAUUGGAAAAGUUGGCCUUUCUUGGAAAACUAAUAUUUUUGAUGGCUGUAUAAAGAGUUGCUCUAUAAUGGACGUAACUCUUUUGGAAGAAUAUGGGAAACCCUUCUGGUGUUUCAGUUCCCCGGUGUGCAUGAGACCCUCUCCUGGGCCCUCUGACGGCCCUACUUUCUUGGGGGAGACGUACCGUGUGGACUACGCAGACGCGGAGGGAAGGGUGCACUUGGAGCUGGUGUGGAUCGAGGAGACGGGAGAGUACUUUAUCGUCAGCCUGGCGCUCUACCUGCCGGUGGCAAAGAUAAACCACUGGUUUGGGACCAAGUACUGAGCAUUAGCAGUAGGUGGCAAAUUAUUGUUGCUGUUUGUUUAUUUUGGACUAACUGGGUUUGUUCUUGGUGUUUGUUGGAAGUUAAAAUAAAGCAGUAGUCUGUUCGAUGUCCUCUUAUUUCACACUAGAAAUCAUGAUCUCUGAGUCAUUUUAAAGUUAAGGUUAGAAGAUUAAGUUAAAUUUUAAAAACGUGAAAAUAGCACAUCACAGUGGAAAUUUGUGUAAGAUAAAAAGCAAAAAGGUAUUUGCUUCUCUUCUGCACUUACACUUUAAAAAAACAAGAAAACGGAUCAGAC